UUAUUUUGGCAGGCCGGCUACCGGAAGCGGCUCUUGUCCGGGCGCUCUGGUCAACACCAUGUCCGGAAACAUCCCAGCCAGAACUUUUGACACUCUCUAAUCUGACGGGCUCGUCACAUUUAGCACCAAUGAGUCUGGGUGAUCCAGGUCCGGAUGUAAGCGGCUCCGCUGGUUCCUUGUUUUGGGCUCUUAGCCUCUUAGCAUAUUAGCUUUCCGGAGUCAGUAAAUUUUUCAUUCAGAGUUGAGGUUUUCUUCAGAAAAUGUCCCACGGAGACGCCAGAAGCUAUUUUUUGCACAGCCUACCAGCACAGGUCAACUGGGAGUUCUGUCGGGUCAUGGAUGGACUGUCAGACCUUGACUGGACCCGCUUUGCUUCAGCGGUCCUUGGAGAUCAAGUCAGCGUGCGGUUAGCUGAGAGAAAGGAGAGGCGGACAGACGAUGUAAUGAGCCAAUGGGGCAACAGGAACGGACGCGUUGGUGACCUGCUGGACCUGUUGGAGCAUCAGCAGCUUCUCCGCGCGAGAGAUGUGAUCCUUCACUGGGUGACGGAGGCAUCUUCACUUGCUCCUACUCUUGUUAGCCGAUCUCACUUGGAUCCUCCUCCUCCUCCACUGGCAACCCACAUAAUCAGCACUCCUUCUAGAAAUAGAGGAGCAGAAAUAGCACUACCCCGACCAGCCCCGCCACCCUCAAGUUUGCAUUCUAGUCAACCUCGAACCCUCCAGGGCCCUGCAUUGGUGGUGUCUGGCGAUGCCGGCUGUGGGUUGAUGUGCUGGUCCUAUGAGGAGGUGCAUGCUGGGACUGAGGGGUUUUCGCCAACCCUGCAGAUCGGUGAGGGCGGCUUUGGAGUCGUGUACAGAGCGCGCCUAAAGAACACUGACUGUGCAGUCAAGAGACUCAAACAGGACUACAUGCAGGACUUGAACAUAAAGGAAACCUUCAAUGCUGAAGUGGAAAAACUGUCAAAGUUCAGACACCAAAACAUCGUGGACCUGCUUGGAUUCUGUCAAGGCCCAAGUGUUUGUCUCAUCUAUAGCUACAUGGAAAAUCGAUCCCUGGAGGAUCAGCUCCACAGCGUUUCUUCUACUCUCACGUGGCCUGUGAGGGUCCGCAUCGUUCAUGAAACAUCAGCAGCAUUGCAGUACCUUCAUUCUCCUCCAGAUGGAUGCAACUCUGUCAUCCAUGGCGAUGUGAAAAGUUCAAACAUCCUUUUGGACCGCCACCUGGUGACAAAGCUCGCUGACUUUGGCUUGGCUCGCUUUGCAUCUCCAAACACAUCGAGCCGUCUGGUGUCCAAGACGACCACAGUGGGUCAAAAGUCCAAGGUGAGGGGAACGCUGGCAUACCUGCCAGAGGAGUACUUGAGGAGUGGUCAGCCGAGGACGUCUGUGGACGUCUACAGCUUUGGUGUGGUGUUGUUGGAAGUACUUACUGGUCGGCGAGCUCUGGAGGCAAACGAGAAGUUGGGAGAUAUUUACCUGAAGGACAUAAUCCAAGAAGUUCAGAAUGGCCCGACUGAUUCUUAUGCAGCGGCCUGGGGUAGACAGCUCGACCGCCGGCUGAUCUCAGGGGACGCUAUAGAGCUGGUCGGGAGCAUGCAGAUGGUGGAGCUCGCCUGUGGGUGUCUCAACGAGAAAUGGAAGAAGAGGCCCACCAUGACUGAGGUGUUUGACAGACUUCAGGACAUCAGUCACCUGAUGAGGAAAAGCGACCUCGUCCCCACUCCUCACUGUGUUUCCCCUGGAUAUCCCCGUUCUUCAGAUGCCAGCGUGGAGGUUGUGACCCAACAAUUGUCCAAACUGAGACCGCGCGAGGACACCUACCAGCCACCCAUAGGCACCUGCCCACCUCCUCCGCCAUUCACGAGGACCGCCUUCCAUUCUUCCCUACAUACAUCCUCCCGCCCUGUUCACUUCUCCUCUCUACCGCCUCACCUAUCCUCCCUCCGUGCUCCGUCUUCCUUCGCCUCACUCCCUCCUCACACAUCUUCUGUGCCCUCCUCCUCGUUUGAGAGUCCGUGUGAAACAGAUGAGAGUCGAGGUUUCUCCCAAUAUGACCUUUCUGCCGGGAGCCAGAUCAACUCCAAACUGUCAUCCUUAUCCCCACACACCAGUGAACAGGACCAAAAUCGAACUGGGCCCACAAAAUCCCGGUCCAGAGAACCUUAUGAGGACCAGUACAACCUUCAUGACAGAAUGGGACCUGGUCACCCACACAGGCCCCCCAGUGGCCCUCAGAUUGCAGUGAGACCAGGACCAAGUGGAUCAGAAAUUUCCUCUCCAGCUCCUCUUCAGUCACUGUGUCCCCAGACCUCAGAUGCUGUGCAGCCUUGUGAGGAGUUCAGGGGUCCGGAGGAGAGUGAUGAGCUGGAAUAUCUUGCUGCUACAGAGAUCUGACUGUUAGAGAUGGAUUUGGUAUGGUUUGUGAACGAGUACAUUCCUUUUGCUAAGGUCAACUAUUGCCUAUUAUUUUGAAAUAAGACACAAGUCGAGUAUUGAGCCUCCCCACAUGCUGAACCUGGAUUACACCUGACUCUUGACUAAUUGGG